CAUAUCCAAAGGCAUCCAGGACAGACCAAACUUUUGUAUGCUUGUGUUUUACUGUAAAAAACAUGCCUAAAUCGCAGAUUCUUAUUUAUAAUUGUUCAAUUCUCCCUACCCUACAUAGUUCAGUAAGCUUACCAAAGGCAAAGGCAAGGGUUCGUGGCAAGGUCUCGUGAACGGUUUUGAGUUUUGACCCAGCUUUGGGCAAUCUUUUACUCGAAAGACCAAAACAACUCUACGUUUUUACUUCAUCAUACAUAUAUUUUGAGAAACAUUUGAAAUUUUAACUAAAGAAACAGUAUCUUUUAAUUAUUGAGAGACAAUGUGUCGAAAUUGUCCAUUGCCACAAUGGAGCGAACCGAUCGAAGUGGAAGUGUCGUCAUUGCCAGCGUAUUUUGCAAAAGAACAAAGUUGGAAUUUUGAACGACUGAAUUUUGGCAAUGGCACUGUGAUAGACACUGAAGAUGGUAAAUCAGCUCGUCCUUCAAUAACUGGUCUUGUAGGUUGUCGGCUUCGUGAUGGAUUUUCUUUAAAGCCUCACCCUCGCUUUCCAGGAGGAAGAUACCUUCUUGUGAGCGAAGUUCUUUAUUGUCCAGGCCGUCGUUAUGGGUGUACACCGCGGGAUAAUUGCUCGGGGAAACGACGCUUUUGUCAUGCAUUAUGUAAGCUUUCUAUCUUUGCGGAUAAACCAAAUAUUGCAUUCGUUUAUUAUGCUGGUUCUCACGGCACUGGAGACGUAUCUUCGCCUGACAAACACCGUCCUAAUAAACAAAUGUUGGAUGAGCUACGAAGACUCCGGAUAGAACAAGCAUUGACACCAUCGCAAGGUAUUGAGUGGUGCAAGGUAUAUUUUGCUGAACAUGGCUUGGAUGAAAAACAAAUGCCAACAAAACAACAGAUCAAAAGCGUAAUGAAGGUAUUUGAUUUUGUAAUGAACAAUUAUUCACUAUUAAAUAUUCUAUUUAUCCAAUCUUGCCCCCAACAUUCAAUAUAAAUAUUCUAUUUUAUAUCCAAUCUUGCCCCCAACCCACCAACAACACAAAGAGUGUCUGAAUGGGAGACUACCCAGUACCUUCUAUUUAAUAUAAAUUGCAGAGUUUGUGCUAACAUCAAUUCUGUAAUUUUUCCAUACCAAACCUGUGACUUUCAGGCAGGGCCGGAGAUACGAGGGGGGGGGGUUCCCUAAAAAGUUGUCGGGGGCAGGUUGUUGGUCUCUGAAAAAUUUUUUCGUCAGUCGGUUGAAAUGACCUUACACCCCCCCCUGAAGAAUUCCCUGAGGACGGCCCUGCUUUCAGGUUAUCAUAAAACGUGUCUAAAACGCAUGAAGUAGUGUUUUGCAAACCUAAAAAUAGAAAAAUUUUCUGGACCGUCUAAUUGUUCUGUGUAUUUGAUGAAUAGACCCCUCCACUUGUUUGAUGCUGGCUAUGCCCCUGUGAUUAUUGACAUUGUGAGAAUGGCAACAUCAGAUUGGUCCACGAGAAACUAUGCUGUAAUGUAAUACUAGUUUCACAUUUGAAAGAAAAUGGUGUAGAAAUGUGGUUGCAUUCCUGAAUGUUUUGACUCUAAAACACUGCACGUUUUUUUUGUGUGAGAGGAAGCAUCCAUGGUUUUGGUAAUUGCCCCUUUUACUGAUACAAAAUGCAUCAAGGAGAGUAAUGGAUGAACACCAUGUUUUUAAUCUUUUAUAAAGAGAGCGUCCAUGAAGUUUUCAAGGAUGCGAGAAACUGGGGGACUAAAGUCUUUACCGCCACCUAGUACUCCACCUAGUGGUUCUUCUCAAGAGGCUGGUACUAACAUCAGUGCUGCUUCCUUACUUGCAAAGUACACUCAGUUACCAUAUGCAGAGAGUGGUGAUAUAGCUACAGAUGCUAGUACAUCUUAUAUCAGUGUAUCUCAAGAUGGAUCAACACUCAAUGUAUCAUCCGCUAACUACAGUCCAGGUAUGGACAUUACUCAAAUGCCUGAUAUUGUGAUCUUACCAAGUGGAAAUGAUGUUGAUUUUACUUUUUAGUCUUGUUUGUAUUUGUAACAAAAUUAACAUAUUUAUUGGAACCAAGUCAAACAGUUUCAUGAGACUGCCAUUUCCUGAGGCAGAUGAGUUCUAAAGUUUUUUAAAAAACAGCACAGUAAAAUACAAAAUCAGGCCUUAAAAUAUGUUUUUCAUGGCCAUCUGACAAAAUGUCCGAUGACUUUGAGUUUGGGUCGGACAUAUGUAUGAUGAUGUCCGAUGACCAACAAUUCAGUUUAGCUCGGAAAUAAGUCUGAAUGACACAAAUAUAUAUUCAUACUUAUAUUUCCAAGCCAAAAUUAACUUACAUGCCAAUAACAACAGUAAGAUGUUGACACUUAAAUUCAUUUUCCACUUCACAAUAUGUCGCUCACCACUGGCAACAUUUUGAUUUACAUUGGACAAAGCAACAGUUCGGUUGGACACCAAUUCGCCCGGGUCAGACAAACAAUAAACCUCAGUUUCACUUUGGUCAGAUAGAAUGUCCUGUGGUUUCCUCUGUACAUCGGACAAUUUCACGUAUGGGUCGGACAAUGUCUGUUCUGUUGACUGACCGAUAUUUUAAGGCCUGAAAAUAUUGGGUAUAUAGGCUUGGGCGGUUUACCGGUUUUUCGUUUUUUUCCGGUUUUAUUUUCAAACCGGUUUUUUCGGUUUAGCUUUUACAAAAACCGGAAAACCGUCAUUACGAAAUUGUUUACUGUCAACGCCCGAAACUCGAUCCUAAUUCUCAAAACAUGACACUAAUUAAACACAAUUACAUGACACUAGAUACAUAUUAUAUUCUUUUUCCGUAAAGUCGGUAAGAACUAAAGAGGUAUAAGUUUUCAAAUGCGUUCUUGACCCUUUUAUUUUAAAACCGAAGUCGUUUUAGGUUACCUUUACACAAUUUUGCGUUUUGUCAUGUUCUGUUCAUUUGUGCUUAUGUCAAAAAAAUACCACAAUUUCUCCUCAUUCAGUUGAAAUACAAAUUAAAGGGAAAAACCGGUUUUCCGGUUUUACCGGUUUAGAAUCAGACGGUUUUUCGGUUUUGAUUUUAAGCAAAACCGCCCAAGCCUAUGGGUAUAUACAAAAUGUUCUGUUCAAUACUGGUACAGGUAAAUGCAAAAAUGCCGGGUCAUAUGUCGUUGGUAAAAAGGUCAUAUGUCAUCUGAUUUGGGGUUUUGACUUUUUGUUGCCGCUGGCUUAGAGUUGUAGCCUUGUAGGUGGAAAACAGUGUGUUAAUGUGUCCUACUUGUCUAUUUUAUAUAAUUUUAUACUAUGCCUUAUGCCAGAUGAUUUCACUCAAGAAGGAGAAAGUCUUGGGUGUUAAAUCGUCAUUAUUGGUUUGCCACAUCAUGGUUUACUCGGAUUGAAUACUUUAUUGAUUUUCUCUCAAAUUUAUGCAUUACAUUUUUUUGAGCACAUACAGUAUAUAACGCAGCACCAUGACCUGGUCUGUGGUAAUACCCUGAACAUAGUUUCUCAACUUAAGUACACUACAUAUGGUUAUUUAAUUAAUGAAAUACUUGGUUGAAUUCUGAAAGAUAAAUUCUUGAGAAUUCAUGUAUGUUCAAUAUAUUUCAGGUGGUACUCCUGUUUCAUUGGGAACUUUGUCAAGACUGGCAGGAACAUCUUUGUUGAAUGCUCCAGUUUCCAUCUCACAAUCUACAUCUACCACAGACAAUCUAAGCAAAGUUCUUGGAUUGAUAGCAAGUCCUCGACCUCUGGUAGGUUUUUGAAUUUUGUUUCUUAUUCACUCUACAGUACACUAGUUUAGUUGUUCUGAAAGUGUAUCAUUAGGACCAUGCACAGUCAAUUUAUGUGGCAAAUGUAUUCUGCAAAGUCUUAUCUAUUUGUUAAAUAUGCAGUAUACAUUAAUUCCCCCUUGAAGCAUAAAUUUAUGGCAUAACACAAUAAGAUCUAAUUUACUCUCAUUGUGUUAUGCCAUAAAUUUAUGCUCCAAGGGGGAAUUAAUGUACACUGUAUAUUUAACAAAUGGAUAAGAUUUGCUAAAGAGGAAGCUUGGAUGAUAUGUUACCUUACGUUUAAGUAGCAUGUUAGGGCAAAUCAUGGUAAAUAGAUUGUCUCAGCUUCAAAUAAUAAUUAAAUCAACCUCAAAAUUCACCACUUCUGCCGCUACCAGACAGCAACGUGAGGUAAACAUCAAUCUCUCAUCAACAACAAUGGUUAAUGUAUACACAGUGAAAUUCUUCUCUGUUCAAAAUAUGUGAAGAAACAGAAAUUUAAAAUUAUGUUAAUAAAUAAGAAUGUAGAUGUUACAAGGUGGGGUCAACCAGAACGGAAUCUCUUCUUAAAAGAAAGGGGUACUUAAACAUUGAUUUACAGCACUACAGUAGUCUGAAGAAAUUUUUAAAUAUUUAAUAUUAUUUCAUUUGUGAUUUUUAACUUAUUUCAGGAUGGAGAGAAAGAUACAGAUAAGCUCAAAGAACAUAUCCGUAUUUUACAAGAAGAGAAUUUCUCUAGAAUUGCACAAAUUGCAGAUUUGCAAGUGGAAGUUAAUAACUUAAAGGUAAAACAUUUAUAUAUAAACGUUCUUCCUUAGUUCCUUUCAGUAUACAAGCACUGUAUUUGUUGCCCACAGUAAAGAUUGUUACCUAUGUCUGCCUGAUUCAUUUAGCCCUUUAGUGGUUAUUUCGGUCAUUUAAUGUAAAAUAAUAUAAUGUAAAAAGUGGAUUCAAAUAAAUUGUCUUGUAGAUGGGUACGGUCACACUUGGGCAGUGAAAACAAAACUACUGUACCUCUAAAAGACAACCCUCGAAAUUCGCCUCGGCACUCGGCAAUUGCCGACGCAAAUGCCGAGGCAAGUUACGAUUUUUCAUAGUUUGCCUCGGCAAAAAAAUGCCGAGGCAAUUCCACCCGCUGUUCCUUUACUUACAAACUACAGUUUCUGUUCGUUUUUUUCUUCUUAAAUAUACAAACUACGGUGUUAGUUUUUUGUAUCACUUCUUUGUUCGAAUUGCUGUCAUCGACGUUGGGUGGACAACAGAAGAUUUCAUUCAUAGCUACUUUACAAAAUAUUUAAAUUUGAGCUUUUCAUGCAGCGUCGGCUUCGGUUGAAAUAAAGAACAAUCUUGAUGGUUUAAAGACGGUACGUCGAGAAACUUUGUUUUAUCUUUUAGACUGUCGCGUGAUUUUACCGUCAAGUUUAUUCUUUCAUACAAUUGGUUGUAAAUUACCACUAACUUUUUAAAAACAUUUUGAAUCAGGAAUUUGUAAAAUAACAACAAAUUGUCGAACGUCAGAAGUCUCAGAAUCUACGCUCGUUACAAUAUUUGUUUACAAUAAUUUCCGUAUGUACUUUACUUUUAUUACAACUGCCGACGUGAAUGCCGAAGGGUGCCGAAGUAAUUGCCGAAGGAAUUUAAGGUGAUUUCAUUGCGUGCCCCGGCAAAAAAAAUUGCCGAGGCACUGCCGAGGCAAACUCGAAAAUUAUCGAAAGGCUUCGGCAAUUAUUUGCCGAGGCAAAAAUAGUUGAAUUUCGAGGGUUGAAAGAUGAAUAAAACUCAAUAACUUAUAGUAGAGACUAAUUGAAACAAAGUUUAUGUGGAUGUGGAGAACACAUGUCUGGCUUUUUUAAGUAAAACUUUGUUUAGUUUUCACUUGACAAAAAAAUACAUUCAGAUUACAGUGAUAUACACCACUAAGAAUUAGAGAACGAGGGGGCCAGUUUUUUAGGUCUGAGAGUGGUCAUCACAUACAGGUUCAAUUUAACAAAUAUAAAACAUUUUUUCACACGUCGUUAUAGGCUCAGGUUUUGGACCUCAAAGAAGAUAACCUGAAGAAAGCCAUACACAUCGCUCAAAUUGAAAGGGAAAGGCGAUCUGCACAGGUUUACUUUAAACAUUUUUUUUCAAAUCGUUGAGCUGGAAUUCAUGUCAUUUAACGAAUUUGUGUAAUAUUUAAAUUAACAACUUCAAAUUGAAAAUAAUAUAAACAUCAUGUUGAUUACUUGUUGCGAUAGAUCGUAUCAGAUGAAGAGGCAAUCGAAAACUCUGAACCAAGUUUGGAAAAUGCACAAGAGACAAUACAAGCAGAAGGAUUGGUGGACAACAGCGAACAGACAGUGGUUAUCGAGGAGUCCCAAGAAUCCGCAAUGGAUGUUAUAGAAAGUGAGCAAGCUGUUGAAAAUACAGUUUACCAACAAGAAGUAUGUGAUACUCCAAUAACUGUAGUAAAUGUUCAAACUGGUACAGUACUUACAGAAGUUCACGCUGCAAGUCAGAGUAUUGAGGAAAGUUUACACAAUUCUGAAGUUGUUGCUGUUAAUGUUCAUGCAAUUGUUUCACAAGCAGUUGUUGAUGAGCAGUUAUAAGUAUAGAUUUUACUGAUGAGUGAUGCGUGUUGACUGUGUUUUUUCAAUUAUUACCUUUGUAUAUAUUGUAGUAUAUAGCUUUGUACUUAUUAUUGUGUGUCUGUGAAACGGUUAAGAGGCAAUUUUUUUCAAUGUCACGUAUUUGCAAUGAAAAGUGUUCAAAACCUAAAAUCUUUUUGGCGUUCCUCUCAAAAUUACUUUGUUUUAGCUUUAUUCUCUAGUUAAUGGAGUUAGCUACCUUUUUAAAUCCAUCUGCCGGUUGAGAAACAUAAAAUAAUAGUUAAAAUUGCCAAUUAAAAUACAAUUAUCAAUAAUAGUUUUAAUAAAAUUUAUUAUUAUUUUAUGAUUUUUAAACACAGAAAUCACUCGUGGUCACUCGUGUGUACUUUUAGACAAGAUCAAAUAGGAUUUGUUGUUAACAUUGUAAAAUCACGCAACUGGUGUGAUACAGAUUUGUACAUUUAACAUGUACAUUUCACUGUUAUUUGUUAUUGUUACUUAUUGUAAUUAGUUAUUGCGAUGUAUUAGAAAAAGAGUCGAGUUGCAAAAAUAUAAAUAUUUACAAACUUGC